UGCGCGAUGGUUAAAAAGAGAAAACGCGGUCUGUGUUGUUAACACGUUUUUUCAUUUUUAUCCAACUUACAAAGAGAAAAUCCUCUCUUUUGCUCCAUCUUCCUGUGACGCUUUGAUCGUUUAUUUCAGGUAGAUAUUUGUUUGAUUCCGGCGUUUUUUAAUCGCUCGUGGUUUGAGAUCGAUUAACAUGGAGAGAGAUUUUCUCGGGCUGGGUUCGAAAAAUUCGCCGAUCACUGUGAAGGAGGAAACAAGCGAAAGCUCCAGAGAUUCAGCUCCCAAUAGAGGAAUGAACUGGUCAUUCUCAAAGAAAGGCUCUGCUGCUUCUUCUCAGUUUCUAUCUUUCAGGCCAUCUCAAGAUGACAGACAUAGAAAGCCUGGAAACUAUCAUCUGACUCACUCUGGUUCCUUCAUGCCAUCAUCAGUAGCAGAUGGUUAUGAUUCUAACCGGAACACUCCUUACAGUUCUGUACAGGGAGCCAGGAUGUUCCCUAACUCCCAUCAACAGCAAGAAUCUAUCACAGUUUCCAUGGCCAGGCCGGGUCUCCAGUCUCAUUAUCCACCAGGAGGAAAAAGCUUCAUGAGCAGUGGCAUAAACUCACAACCUUUUGUAGGAGUUCCAAUCAUGGCACCUCCAAUCUCAGUCCUUCCUGCUCCAGGUUCCAUUGUAGGGACAACUGAUAUUAGAUCUUCUUCCAAGCCAUUAGGAUCACCAGCUCAGUUGACCGUCUUUUAUGCCGGUUCAGUUUGUGUUUAUGAUGACAUAUCUCCUGAUAAGGCCAAGGCGAUAAUGUUGCUAGCUGGAAACGGUUCCUCUAUGCCUCAAGCCUUCUCACCACCUCAAACUCAUCAACAGGUGGUCCACCAUGCUCGUGCCUCUGUUGAUUCUUCAGCUGUGCCUCCUAGCUUCAUGCCUACAGCCUCUUAUCUUAGCCAUGAAGGUGGAAGUAGCACAUACGGACUCGGAGCAGUAAAAGCAACGACAGGCUUUACAUCAACAUACCACAACAACCAAACUGUAAAGCCUCAAACAGUGGCUUUACCUCAGGCUCGCAAAGCAUCUCUGGCUAGGUUUUUAGAGAAACGCAAAGAAAGGGUCACAAGUGCAUCGCCAUAUUGCUUGGACAAGAAGUCACCAACAGAUUGUCGUACACCAAUAUCUGAAUGCAUAAGUUCGUCAUUCAGCUCUGCAACCUAAAUCCCAUUUGCAGUAAUACAUACUGCUUCAGACCACUCCAGGACCAUGUUUUUAUUUCGAUGGUGAAUUUUUCAGUUUUUUUUGUUCUGUUCUGUUACAGAAUUUUCCUUUUGCGCUGGCUACACUUGAGCUUAUACUAUAGUGUAACUCUUUCUUCUCUCGCUACAUCGAGUUUCUUUGUAGCUAGCUUAUACUGUAGUAUAGUGUAUACUUCAGUUAUGUCAUUUUGGUCGAAUGGAACUAUGAGAGCAAAUUGAAUUUGUACUUUGGAAUUUUGUAGAAAAUGUUCGUUUCUUCUC